AUUCUCAUGGAUUCCAUCAAUAGGAACAACCAUCGAGAAACAGAACCACUCUCUAGGAUUAGGUUGCAAGAGGCUAUCAUCUUGCUUCUCUCGCGUUGGUAUGCACUUCAAAUGGCCAUCGAGAAUCAAUGGGGUGGCUGUGAUUCCACCCAGAAAUCACACCAACUUGCUUCUCAUUUAUUUUUAUGGCUCUCCAAAUCCAAUGCACCAAUUUGUGUUGAAGAUUUAGAAAAUCUACUCCAUGAAUCCAUGUUGCUUACAUUCAAUACAGAAAUAGAAGAUGGCAGCAUUGAACAGUUAUUGGAUAUACUUACUACCUUUGAUCUUCCUGAAGCAGGGAAAUUGAUCUUCAGGUUCUUUUAGAAUGAUUAUAGCUAGCUCGAAUAUGGUGUAGUGUUUUAACAUUGGAUUCAAAAGUUUUCAACAUAUAUAU